CGAUCUUGUUCUCUUUCACCGGAGCCCAUCGCCACACUUCCUUCACCACUUUCACCCUUCACCUUCACGGUACCAGCUGCGAGCGUGCGAGAUGGACCCUCCAACACAUCAUAAUCGAAAUCGCAUACGAACUACUUCUUUCAUCGCCGAAGAUAAUCCUCAUUUUGCCUCACUUGCAAUGCAGUUCCACGCCGACCGGUUGUUCAGUCGGCUGGACAGGCUCUCUCCUCCGCGAUGGAAAUCCCAAGACGAACUGUACGAAGAGGCAAACUGGAAGGCAGGCAUGAGGAUGACUCCCUGUACACCUACCCCCUCUGGCACACCAUCUCCCGCUGCCACUCCGUACAUGUUCUCCAUCGACAAACGAUACGACACUCCAGAGUCGUUGUCACCGCCACCCUUCGCCUUCGCACGCCAAACAAAGGAUCGUGGGAACUUCCCCAUCCACAGUCGCACACAAAGCCGCAAAAGUUCGAAAUCAUCCAUCUCAAUCUCGAAACCGAACCGAAUCACAAAGCGUGCUGCUUCGAAGCACUCGAUGAUCACUCGAUCGCGAUGUAGAGGGAAUUGCCUGUGGCACAAGAGUUGUGUGCAUUCUGUACAGGCUUCGCGAACACAUUGCGAUGUCCGAUAGCACCACCACGAAAGGGGAAUUUCACAACAAUACCAGUAUACUUAGACCUAGCAUGCAUCCGCCACCGAGUCGAGUAGAGGUCGUGGAUGAGAGGUCACCGCCAAGAUGUUCGCAGAAACAACGGCAGCAUUGAAAGGAAGAAGGGAGAAAAGAACGCAAGCCCUCAUUU